AUGGGCAACGCGGCCGGCAGCGCGGAGCAGCCCGCGAGCCCCGCAGCGCUGUCCCCCAAGCAUCCCGCGGCGCCCAAGCAGCCGAUGCCCGCGACCGGAGAGCUGGAGGAGAGGUUUAACCGGGUCCUGAACUGCAUGAACUUGCCCCCGGACAAGGUCCAGCUGCUGAGCCAGUAUGACAACGAGAAGAAGUGGGAGCUCAUCUGUGACCAGGAGCGGUUUCAAGUCAAGAACCCCCCUGAAGCCUAUAUCCAGAAGCUGAAGAGCUACCUGGAAAUCGGUGGGGUCAGCCGAAAGGUAGCAGCAGAUUGGAUGUCCAACUUAGGGUUUAAGAGGAGAGUCCAGGAGUCCACCCAGGUGCUACGGGAGCUGGAGACCUCCCUGAGGACCAACCACAUUGGGUGGGUGCAGGAGUUCCUCAACGAGGAGAACCGUGGCCUGGAUGUGCUGCUCGAGUACCUGGCCUUCGUGCAGUGCUCUGUCACGUACUACAUGGAGAGCACAGACAACGGGGCCCCGGGCUCCGAGAAGAGCAAGCCGCAGUCGGUGGAAGAUCUCAGCAAGGGCCCGCCCUCAUCCUUGCUGCCACAGCCCAAGAGCCGCCACCUGACCAUCAAGCUGACCCCGGCCCAUAGCAGGAAGGCCCUGAGGAAUUCCCGCAUCGUCAGCCAGAAGGAUGACGUCCAUGUCUGCAUCAUGUGUCUGCGUGCCAUCAUGAACUACCAGUCUGGCUUCAGCCUCGUCAUGAACCACCCAGCCUGUGUCAAUGAGAUUGCUCUGAGCCUCAACAACAAGAACCCUAGAACCAAGGCUCUGGUGCUGGAGCUGCUGGCGGCAGUGUGCCUGGUUCGGGGAGGACACGAUAUCAUCCUUUCUGCCUUUGACAACUUCAAGGAGGUAUGUGGGGAGCAGCACCGCUUUGAAAAGCUGAUGGAAUAUUUCCGGAACGAGGACAGCAACAUCGACUUCAUGGUGGCCUGCAUGCAGUUCAUCAACAUUGUGGUACAUUCAGUGGAGAACAUGAACUUCCGCGUCUUCCUGCAAUAUGAAUUCACCCACCUGGGCCUGGACGUGUACUUGGAGAGGCUUCGGCUCACGGAGAGUGACAAGCUGCAGGUGCAGAUUCAGGCCUACUUGGACAAUGUUUUUGACGUGGGCGCGCUGCUGGAGGACACUGAGACCAAGAAUGCUGUGCUGGAGCACGUGGAGGAGCUGCAGGAGCAGGUGGCCCUGCUGACAGAGCGGCUUCGGGAUGCGGAGAACGAAUCCAUGGCCAAGAUCGCAGAACUGGAAAAGCAGCUAAGCCAGGCCCGAAAGGAGUUGGAGACCCUGCGGGAGCGCUUCAGCGAAUCGACCCCCAUGGGCACCUCCAGACGUCCCCCUGAGCCUGAGAAAGUGCCUGCCCCUGCCCCGGCGCGGCCCUCAGCGCUAGAGCUGAAGGUGGAGGAGCUGGAGGAAAAGGGGUUGAUCCGUAUCCUGAGGGGGCCCGGGGAUGCCGUCUCCAUCGAGAUCCUCCCGGUCGCUGUGGCAACUCCGAGCGGCAGCGAUGCCCCGACUCCGGGGGUGCCCACCGGCUCCCCCAGCCCAGAACUCCCACCUGCAGCAGAGCCGGUUCCCGGAGCAGCAACCCCACCGCCGCCGCUGCCGCCCCCACUACCUGGUCUCCCCGCCCAGCAGGAAGCCACGCCCCUGGCGCCCCCACUUGCCCCGCCCCUCCCAGGCAGUCCGGAGCCCCCGCCCCCGCCGCCGCUGCCGGGAGACCAGCCGCCCCCACCCCCGCCGCCACCGCUGCCUCCCGGCGCUGACGGGCCGGUGCCUCCACCCCCGCCACCGCCUCCGGGAGGUCCCUCUGCUGCUCUUGGAGGGCCUAGCUCAGAGAUGGGCCCGGGAAUGAAGGCCAAGAAACCCAUCCAGACCAAGUUCAGAAUGCCACUCUUAAACUGGGUGGCCCUGAAACCCAACCAGAUCACAGGCACUGUCUUCACUGAGCUCAAUGACGAGAAGGUGCUGCAGGAGCUGGACAUGAUUGACUUUGAGCACCAGUUCAAGACUAAGUCCCAAGGCCCCAACCUAGACCUUAGUGCCCUCAGGAGUAAGGCAGCCCAGAAGGCCCCCAGCAAAGCCACGCUCAUCGAGGCCAACCGGGCCAAGAACCUGGCCAUCACCCUGCGCAAGGGCAACCUGGGGGCGGACCGCAUCUGCCAGGCCAUCGAGACGUACGACCUGCAGACCCUUGGCCUGGACUUCCUGGAGUUGCUGACCCGCUUCCUGCCCACAGAGUAUGAACACAGCCUCAUCGCCCGUUUCGAGCGGGAGCAGCGACCCGUAGAGGAGCUGUCAGAGGAGGACCGUUUCAUGCUGCGCUUCAGCCGCAUCCCCCGCCUGCCCGAGCGCAUGAACACGCUCACCUUCCUGGGCAACUUCCCAGACACUGCGCAGCUGCUCAUGCCGCAACUGAAUGCCAUCAUUGCAGCCUCAAUGUCCAUCAAGUCCUCGGACAAACUCCGCCAGAUCCUGGAGAUCGUCCUGGCUUUCGGCAACUACAUGAACAGCAGCAAGCGUGGAGCAGCCUAUGGCUUCCGGCUCCAGAGUCUGGAUGCGCUGCUGGAGAUGAAGUCGACUGACCGCAAGCAGACGCUGCUGCACUACCUGGUGAAGGUCAUUGCUGAGAAGUACCCACAGCUCACAGGUUUCCACAGCGACCUGCACUUUCUGGACAAGGCAGGCUCAGGUACGGGUGCGGGGAGGGGCUCAGCCCUGGGGACGGAUACAGGUUGGGAGAAAGCAACAGGAUCACAGGAGGUAACUGGUCGGGAAUGCUGCCUCUCUGAUUCCCUGCUUCUCUACUGCCCCACCUCCCACUCAGUGUCCCUGGACAGCGUGCUGGCCGACGUGCGCUCCCUGCAGCGAGGCCUGGAGUUGACCCAGCGGGAGUUUGUGCGGCAGGAUGACUGCGCGGUGCUCAAGGAGUUCCUGAGGGCCAACUCGCCCAUCAUGGAUAAGCUGCUGGCAGACAGCAAGACGGCUCAGGAAGCCUACGAGUCUGUGGUGGAGUACUUUGGAGAGAACCCCAAGACCACGUCCCCCUCCAUGUUCUUUUCCCUCUUCAGUCGCUUCAUCAAAGCCUAUAAGAAAGCCGAGCAGGAGGUGGAACAGUGGAAGAAAGCAGCAGCUGCCCAGGAGGCAGGCACCGACACCCCGGGGAAAGGGGAGCCCCCAGCACCCAAGUCCCCGCCCAAGAUGCGGCGGCAACAGAUGGACCUCAUCUCUGAGCUGAAACGGAAGCAGCAGAAGGAGCCACUCAUCUAUGAGAGUGACCGUGAUGGGGCCAUUGAAGAUAUCAUCACAGUGCUCAAGACGGUGCCCUUCACUGCUCGCACCGGCAAGAGGACGUCCAGGCUCCUCUGUGAGGCCAGCCUGGGAGAGGAGAUCCCCCUCUAGCCCCCAGGUACCCAGCGGCCUGGCCUCUGAUCCCAGUGGCUGCCCACAGCCCUGGGGGCCCUUGGGGGGACUGAGUCAUGCUGCCCUCCCCUGGACCAUGCAUGGCUGGGCUGUGUUGGAGGGAGGUCUGAUAAACAAACAGGCUCCCUCCCACGUGCACACAACCUGUGUCCCUAGAGGGGUGAGGCCUGUGCCCUGGAGUGGUGUCCCAACCCCGGGCAGACUCCUGAAAAGGUAAAUGUCUCUCCUCCCCGCCUCCAGAUCUGCGGAACCAGCCCUACAUCCGCGCAGACACAGGCCGUCGCAGCGCUCGUCGGCGCACCC